GGUGGUCAGUGGUGUGUUGACUCUUGGUGCCGAAGUUAUUUGUGCCCGAGUGCCAGGUCUAACAGCGAAACAAAGGGAGAUGUGUCGUUCCUCGCCGGAUGCGAUGGUCGCAGUUGGAGAUGGUGUCAGAUUAGCUACCUCCGAGUGCAGACAUCAGUUCAAGUUCCAUCGAUGGAACUGCACGGCAAUAAGCAACCCAACAUCCUUCGGACACGUAGUUAUAGUCGGUGUUGUUGCAGGAUCAAGAGAAGCGGCUUUUACGUAUGCAAUAUCAAGCGCAGGAGUGGCGUACGCCUUGGCUGCGGCCUGCGCUAAAGGAAACAUCUCCUCGUGUGGCUGUGCUCCUGGUCCGAAAGUUAAAGAACCUGCACCGUCCGGUUGGAAGUGGGCAGGAUGCAGCGUGGACGUCGGCUUCGCCAUGCGCUUCGCAAGGAAAUUCCUGGAUGCCAGAGAAUUGGAGGGAGAUGAGAGAAGCCUCAUGAAUCUGCACAACAAUAAGGCUGGAAGAAAGGCCAUUAAACUGAACCUGUCCACCGAAUGCAAAUGCCAUGGAGUGUCAGGAAGUUGCACCAUGAAGACCUGCUGGAAAGCGCUUCCGCCGUUCCGAGAGAUCGGGGAUAAACUGAUGAAGAAGUAUUACAGAGCAAGGCCCGUGGCUCUAAGUCAAAUUACUACACACGUUACAAGAGCGACGAAGCCCAAGAAACACCUGGUACUGAAGAAAGGUAAAAUACCCAUCAAGAGGACGCCCAAGAAGUCCGAUUUGGUAUUCUUACAAACUUCACCCAACUAUUGCGAGCGUGACCUUGCCGCCGGUUCCUUAGGUACCAUAGGAAGGGCCUGUAACCGAACGUCAAGAGGUAUUGAUGGAUGUGAUCUGAUGUGCUGUGGACGAGGCUACAACACUCACCAAUAUACCAAAACCACGCAGUGCCGAUGUCAAUUCGUUUGGUGUUGUUCCGUCAAUUGUGAUACAUGCAGCGAAAGAACUGAAGAAUACACCUGCAAAUGAAUCUCCUUCAGCAACAGCAGACAUGAUCUGCUAUACUUGCAUAAUACUCAAAAUAUCCACGAUUCCCCCCAAAACUACACUCCACGACAUUGAUUGAUUCAAGUGUAAAGACUUAAAAUAUUCGUGAUACUUAAAGAAAAAAAACGUAACAGAGCAAUAGCAUAACAACAACUAACAAUGAUGUACUGUAUAAUAGUGAUCUGUAAAUAGUACGUAAUAUAUUUUGUAGUGUAUAUAAUGAAGAACGCUAAAUAAGCUAAUAAUAAUUAUUAUAAUUAUAUAUUUAUGCAACAAUCUUUGCUUAACUGUGAAAAUGAAGAAAACCACAUCCCAUGCUUCCACCAAUCAAAACGCCUAUAACCCAAGCUAAAAACGCUAAUCCAACAUAUGCAACCACAUGUACAUCAAUUACUUAAUUAAUUU